AUGUACAACAAAAUGUCUAGUUACGAGUCUGCUGCCUCGUCGGAGGGCGAUCUGUGUCAGCCCGUCUGCGAACCAGAUCCGUACUACGAGAGCAGCUACUACACGCAACUUUAUCCCGCUGACUCUCAGAACCCAGGAACGCAGGUGAUCACGAUCAUGGACGAGGAGGGCUACUGGGGAUCGCCGUGCAGCUCGACGAAUGAGUCACAGCAUCCGGAAGGUGUCGGAACGGGCCACCCACCACAUCACCGGGAGCGGUACUCACCGACGGCACGGUCUCUCGUGCACAGCUCGGCCGUAAGCACUAUCCGGUUGGUCUCGACCUCCCAUUUGCCCCAAUCCUGUGAUCCGUCGACGUCGUCCUCAUCGUCUUCGUCAUCCCCGUCGUCCUGUUCCGUGGCACCGUACCGAGGUGGCCCCCAGCAGCAUCCGAUCGGAGGUUUCGAGUGUCUCCGGUCUCCGCAUGGAGCAGAUGGUCAUCACCACAAUCAUCACCAACAUCAUCAUCAGCAGCAACAGUCUCCAGUGUACGAUUGUUCAAUGGUUUAUGAGAAAAGCGCCAAUGUCUACGUUCCGGAUGAAGGAUACUACGGUGGAAACGGAACACCGAUGGAUGUGACAUCCGGUGGCGGGGGGGCUCCUAUGGCAGGCAUCAGCGCCGCUGCCGGUGACCACACGGCAACCGGCCACCUGCACUCCGUACCAUCGUCCUCUUCGUCCUCGCUGCUCUCGUCGUCCGCUGACGUCGUCCCGGGAACCGGACCUCCGGUGGUGCGUGUGGUCAAACGGCGCAACACGGCCAACAAGAAGGAACGCCGCCGGACGCAGAGCAUCAACUCGGCGUACACUUCGCUCCGGGACCGCAUUCCGAACGUUCCGAACGACACGAAACUGUCCAAGAUCAAGACGCUACGGCUGGCCAUCUCGUACAUUGCUCAUCUUAUCGCGGUCGUGAACGGCAACCAAGAUCCGUCGUGUGAUUUCCGAGCAGAGCUGGUUCCUUCGUCGCGCAAGAUCAACGCGGAACGGCGGGCCCAGAAGUCGUUGUUGCAAAACUUUUCCUACAGCGCUGCUAACAUCACGGAGGGUCGCAAAAUCAAGGGACGCACUGGGUGGCCACAGCACGUCUGGGCACUGGAGACGAAGACGUCCAUCAAGUAA